AUGGCAAGUCCCUGCUUUGCGAGUGAAAUACAGAGGUCAAAUGAAAUAACAGCACAUUCUCGGUGUCAUCCACCCUCACCAUUUUUGCGACCGAAAUGACCCGCUCUCUCAUCCAGCACCGCGGACAGCGCCUGCGUCUUACGCGAGACUCAGCAGGAAGUGGCCAUCAUUCGCUCUUUUCAUUGCGCGCGCCCCUCCCAUCCCCUUUCCUCUUCAGUCCCUCGCAAUGACUGGCGAACGGAGGCACAGCACGGAACACGUAUGCAGCAGCAGCAGUAUCUUUGCUCUGGUCGAGUGAAGAGAUUGCAGUGUCUGCUUCCGCACCCGAAGUGUGUCAGGAUAUUAAAAAUUCACCAACAGUCGAGCAGCCCUCUGAAUGCCGAACACUACGUCAACAAACUGAUACCUUUCCACGCCGUAAAUAUCCCAUCGUGCGUUUAAUUCGCUUGUACGGUUAGGCGAGCGCUGCCCGAGAGCAAAAAUGUUGGAUCCAUCCUCCAGCGAAGAGGAAUCGGACGGGAUAGUGGAAGAGGAAAGCCGAGAGGUGAUGGCUCCUCAGUCCGGAGCCACUCGCAUCUCCCCCAGCAGGACCAGCGAGAGCACCGAUAGGCUCCAACCCACCAGCCGAGGCUCCAGCGCGCGACCAUCCAGCCCGAGCCCGUCGGCCGCCAGCGAGCAAGACAAGGAGGACGUGGAGAAACUGCAGAGGGAAGAAGAGGAACGAAAGAAGAAGCUGCAACUCUAUGUCUUUGUGAUGCGAUGCGUCGCCUAUCCUUUCAACGCCAAGCAGCCUACCGACAUGGCAAGGCGACAACUGAAGAUCACCAAGCAGCAGCUGCAGACCACUAAGGACCGCUUUGAGUCUUUUCUCAAAGGAGAGACACAGAUUGUGGCGGAUGAGGCCUUCAUCAAUGCAGUUCAGAGCUAUUUUGAGGUUUUUCUAAAGAGUGACCGUGUUGCUAAGAUGGUCCAAACAGGAGGUUUAUCGGCUCUGGAUUGUCGUGAGGUGUUCAAGCGCCAUAUUGAGAAACGUGUCCGGAGCCUGCCUGAGAUCGAUGGUCUGAGCAAGGAGACCGUGCUGAGUUCCUGGAUGGCUAAGUUUGACACCAUCUACCGCGGAGACGAGGACCCGCGAAAGGCGCAGCAGCGCAUGACAGCCAGCGCCGCUUCCGAGCUCAUCCUAAGCAAAGACCAGCUCUACGAGAUGUUCCAGCAGAUCCUGGGGAUCAAGAAGUUUGAGCACCAGCUGUUGUACCAGGCUUGCCAGUUGGAUAAUCUGGACGAGCAAGCAGCUCAGAUCAGGAGAGAACUGGAUGGGCGUCUGCAGAUGGCUGAUCAGAUUGCCCGGGCUGGCAAAUUCCCCAAGUUUGUGUCGAAGGAGAUGGAGGCUAUGUAUAUCGAGGAGCUGAAAAGCUCAGUCAACCAGCUGAUGGCUAACCUGGAGAGCAUGCCGGUUUCAAAGGGAGGAGAGUUCAAACUGCAGAAGCUAAAGAGGGGACACAACACCUCCAUCAUUGAUAUGGGGCAGGAAGAUGAAAACCAGCUGUCCAAGUCUGAUGUUGUGCUGUCUUUCACACUUGAGGUGGUGAUUAUGGAAGUUCAGGGGUUGAAGUCGCUGGCUCCCAACCGCAUCGUGUACUGCACGAUGGAGGUGGAGGGCGGGGAGAAGCUACAAACGGACCAGGCUGAAGCAUCCAAACCAACUUGGGGAACCCAAGGAGACUUCACCACCACACACCCCCUGCCAGCAGUCAAAGUGAAGCUCUUCACAGAGAGCACAGGAGUUCUGGCCCUGGAGGACAAGGAGCUGGGCCGGGUGGUUCUUCACCCAACUCCAAACAGCCCAAAGCAGGCAGAACUCCACAAGAUGACUGUGACCAAGGCCUGCCCCGAUCAAGAUCUGAAGAUCAAACUUGCCGUCCGUAUGGACAAGCCUCAGAACAUGAAGGCUUGUGGGUAUUUAUGGGCUGUUGGCAAAAAUGUUUGGAAACGCUGGAAAAAGCGCUUCUUUGUCCUGGUCCAGGUAAGUCAGUAUACCUUUGCCAUGUGCAGCUAUCGAGAGAAGAAGUCAGAACCACAGGAGCUGCUGCAGUUAGAUGGCUAUACUGUGGACUACACUGACCCACAGCCAGGUCUGGAUGGAGGCCGGGCUUUUUUCAAUGCAGUGAAGGAGGGUGACACUGUGAUCUUUGCCAGUGAUGAUGAGCAGGACCGCAUCCUAUGGGUGCAGGCCAUGUAUCGAGCUACUGGCCAAUCACACAAACCCGUCCCGCCCACCCAGGUCCAGAAACUGAAUUCUAAGAGCGGAGCUGCAGCACAGAUGGACGCCCCCAUCUCUCAGUUCUCUGGACUCAAGGAUGCUGACAGAGCACAGAAGCACGGCAUGGAUGAGUUUAUCUCAGCUAACCCAUGUAGCUUUGAUCAUGCCUCAUUGUUCGAGAUGGUGCAGAGGCUCACGUUGGACCACAGGCUAAAUGACAACUUUGCAUGUCUGGGAUGGUUUAGCCCAGGUCAGGUGUUUGUUCUGGAUGAGUACUGCGCUCGGAACGGGGUGAGAGGAUGCCAUAGACAUCUGUGUUAUCUUGGCGACCUACUGGAGAGGGCGGAUGCCGGGCACAUGAUUGACCCGACGCUGUUGCACUACAGCUUCGCGUUUUGUGCCUCCCAUGUUCACGGCAACAGUCAGAGGGGGUCUGAGUUACAGGGGGCUGGCUCAAAGUCAGGAGGGAAAAAGGAGUCUAAAAAAAAGAGGAAAUGUAAAACACAGCUGGCCCUUGAAAGCGCAAGGCCUGAUGGUCUUGGAACAGUAACGGUGGAAGAAAAAGAACGCUUUGAGGAAAUCAAAGAGCGAUUACGUGUCCUUCUGGAGAAUCAGAUCACAAACUUUAGGUAUUGCUUUCCAUUUGGUCGCCCUGAGGGAGCAUUGAAAGCCACUCUGUCUUUGCUGGAGAGGGUGCUUAUGAAGGACAUCGUGACCCCAGUGCCACAGGAGGAAGUCAAGGCUGUCAUUCGUAAAUGCUUAGAGCAAGCAGCUCAAAUUAACUACCAGCGCAUCACUGACUACGCCAGAGUAGAAGGAAAAAAGAGGGAAAUGUAUGAUCAUCCUGUCUACUCCUUGGCAACACAAGUGAUGGAUUUAACCAUCCUUGAGAAAACUCUAAAGGAUCAGAAGGAUCCAGAGAAUGUAGCUAACCUAGCUACACCUGCUAAAAAACUGGAGCAUGUCAUCCGCCUGGCGGAGUUAGUCAUUGAGGUUCUACAUCAGAACCAGGACCACCACGCAGAGGCUGCGGUCACAAGUACAGGAGACCAAUCGGGAAAAGAGGCCUUUGCAUGGUGGUCAGACCUGAUGGUGGAACACGCUGAGAACUUCCUGUCGCUCUACGGUGUUGAUAUGGAUGCUGCUCUUGAGAUCCAGUCUCCUGAGAGCUGGGACAGUUUCCCACUCUUUCAACUUCUAAAUGAUUUUCUCCGUGCCGACUAUCACCUGUGUAAUGGAAAGUUUCACAAACAUCUGCAGGACCUUUACGCCCCUCUUGUGGUGCGAUAUGUGGAUCUUAUGGAGUCCUCCAUCGCUCAGUCCAUUCACAGGGGAUUUGAGCGGGAGUCAUGGGAACCUGUAAAGAGUUUAACAAGUAAUCUGCCCAAUGUGAAUCUACCAAAUGUGAACCUCCAAAUUCCCAAAGUACCAAAUCUUCCCGUGCCAGUAGCAGGACUAUCUGUUAACCUUCCACAAAUGCCUAGCUUUUCCACUCCGUCCUGGAUGGCUGCUAUUUAUGACUCUGACAAUGGCUCGGGAACAUCAGAAGAUUUGUUCUGGAAGUUGGAUGCCCUACAGACCUUCAUCAGGGACCUACACUGGCCGGAAGAAGAGUUUGCCAAACACCUGGAUAACCGUAUGAAGCUCAUGUCAAGUGACAUGAUCGAGACGAGCGUUAAACGCACCAGGGGAGCGUUUGAAUCGAAGCUGACCAAAAGCAGCCGUUCCACAGACUUUCGCAUCCCACUGUCCUUAUGCACCAUGUUUAAUGUGAUGGUGGACGCCAAGGACCAGUCUGCCAAACUGUGUGCAAUGGAAAUGGGCCAGGAGAAACAGUACCACUCUCAAAUCGAUGAACUUAUUGAAGAGAGUGUAAAAGACAUGAUUUCUCUUUUGGUGGCAAAGUUUGUGGCCAUUCUGGAGAGCGUACUUGCCAAGAUCUCCAGGUAUGAUGAGGGAACCCUCUUCUCCUCCUUCCUCUCCUUCACGGUGAAAGCAGCAUCAAAAUAUGUGGAAGUCCCUAAACCAGGGAUGGAUGUCGCGGAUGGCUAUGUGACCUUUGUCCGUCACUCUCAGGACAUUCUGAGAGAUAAGGUCAAUGAGGAGGUGUAUAUAGAGAGAUUAUUUGAUCAAUGGUACACAGCCACUAUGAAUCUGCUGGCGACCUGGCUGACUGAACGCAUGGACCAACAGCUUCAUGUCUAUCAACUCAAAAUCCUCAUCAGGAUUGUAAAGAAAAAAUACCGAGAUUUUAGGCUGCAAGGCGUUCUCGACUCUACACUGAACAGCAAGUCAUACGACACGGUACGGAACCGGCUGACCCUGGAGGAAGCCACCGCCUCUGUCAGGGAGGGGGGCAUGCAGGGCAUCUCGAUGAAGGACAGCGACGAGGAAGACGAGGAGGAUGAUUAGAGCAUCGAGCCAUCCGGUGCCACCCACCACCCUGAACCUGACCCAUCUAUCCAAUCCAACCCUACCCUACCCAACCCCAACACUUUAAACUUAGCCUGAUAACGUAAGAUGCAUGUAACAACUCUGAUUACCCAGUUAGCCACUCUAGGAUUUCCCCCAUCAGCUCGAAUUGCCCACAAACGAAGCUAAAAAAAAAAACAAUAAAAAUCAAAUAAUUGUACUAAAGAGUAAAAAGAACGUUGCAAAGACCAUGAUUGGCAAUUUUAGCUGUGUCAUAUCAUAAUAAAGAACAACAAACUAGCACCAAUUUUUCAACUCAUUUAUUUGAGGAAUUUGUUUCUAUGUGUUCCUAAGCAAUAUGGAGUACCAUUUGUUUGAUAAUGUCGAGUGAGAUUAUUAGGUGUGUCCCUGUCCAAUGCGAUAACAUAUAUGGCGCUUCUUUGACGUACUCUUACAUACAUUAAUGGUACAUUGUUGUGAAGAUGAGUGUAUGGACCCUUUACUUUGUCUUGUCUGUUUUUAAAGUGGAUGCCAACUGCUUCAAAACUAAAAAUGAACCUCUGUAUUUAAGUUCAAAACUGUUAACUGUAAAUGUCUUCUGUGUCUGCACACUUCCAUUGUACCUUUUUCCUUAUUUGUGUCGAGGCUCUGUGGCCCUAUGUUGCAAAUAUCCAACUAGCCAUUGUCUCACAGGCAUCUUAAAAUGAAAAUGAAUUGGUAUUCUAGAAAUGCAAUAUUGUCAUACCUCCAUUUUGAUAUCUCAUUGGAGACGUCUUUUAAUUAGAUGUCAGAAAUGACAACAAAAAUGGCUAUAUUUUUGGUUCGGUUUCACUUUUACAGAGGAUCUCUCUCUCUCUCUCUCUCUCUCUCUAUCUCUCUUUUUUAAGUUUAUAUGUCCAAUUAAAGUCAUUCUCUUUAUGUAGAUCUGUUGAAAUUGCUACGUGCCAUUUUUGGGGUCUCACUAUUGUUUUUGUAUAUAUGAUGCUGUACAUUGCAUUCUGAGCCAUUGCUGCAUGCCUGUGGGAUCCACCUUCUCCAAAAGCUUUUUUGUUUUCUGUGUCGAUUAGCUGGUGGAUUCAUUCUUGCGUUUGCCUUAUCAAAGCCAACAGUUGUAAUAUGCAAGAGCUGUGGCCUCUCAAUAAAGAUAACAUGAUGUACUAAUUUAACUGUAAAA